GCUCUGUGUUUUGUUUAGACAAUCUCCCAAUUCCCACUCUCCUCUUUCAUGUUCAUUUCUCUGUUAUAUGAUACUUCCCUUAUCCAAUCCUCCAUGCCCACGGCCCUCCACCCUCCCUCCUCCCCACUCCGCCACCACCACGGAGUCCGCCGGCAUCAUCGCCACCUCUUACCUUCAUCGCCCUUUUUCCUUCCCGUAAAACCCCUUUCAUUAUCUCCUUCCAUAUCACUCUACAACCCCUUUUCUUCAUCUUCCACUUCACCCCAACAACUUCUGCUCGAUUCCCAAGAAAACCAUGUCGAAGACGAUAAAUAUGACUCCAUUUCUACUUCUGGGGUAGCUGAAAGUUUCAAUUUUGACGAAUCUUUCGACUCUACAGAGUUGAAGAAGUUUGAAACCCCAGCUGUUGAGGUUAGUGAAUUAGAGGACAUUCCUGAUCAAUGGCGUAGGGCUAGAUUAGCUUGGCUUUGUAAAGAGCUUCCUGCACAUAAGACACCUACUAUGGUUAGGAUUCUUAAUGCACAGAGGAAGUGGUUUAGGCAAGAAGAUGGGAUUUAUAUUGCUGUUCAUUGUAUGCGAAUUCGCGAAAAUGAAGCUGCGUUUAGGGUUUACAAAUGGAUGAUGCAACAACAUUGGUUUCGAUUUGAUUUCGCUCUAGCUACGAAGCUAGCAGAUUACUUGGGAAAGGAACGAAAGCACUUGAAGUGCCGGGAGAUUUUUGAUGACAUAAUUAAUCAGGGUCGAGUGCCUUGUGAAUCUACUUUCCAUAUUCUCAUUAUUGCCUAUCUUAGUGCACCUGGACCAUUAGUGUUAGAUGAAGCCUGUAGCAUCUACAAUCGCAUGGUGCACUUGGGAGGUUAUAAGCCUCGGCUUAACUUACACAAUUCUCUGUUUAAAGCACUUUUGGGAAAGACACGGGGCUCUAGUAAACACUUUCUGAAACAGGCUGAAUUUAUAUAUCAGAACUUGACUUCCUCCAGAUUGGAAAUACACAGUGAUAUUUUUGGUGGUCUUAUAUGGCUUCACAGUUAUCAAGAUGUGGUGGAUAUGGAAAGAAUAGUUGCACUAAGAGCAGAGAUGCGGUCAAGAGGAAUUAAAGAGAGCAAAGAGGUACUUAUGUCAGUUUUAAGAGCUUGCUCAAAGGAUGGGAAUGUGGAGGAAGCCGAAAGAACUUGGUCAAAACUCCUCUCCAUCGAUGGCAAUCCUCCUUCUCAAGCUUUUGUCUAUCGUAUGGAAGUCUAUGCAAAGAUUGGAGAACCUACAAAAUCUUUGGAAGUAUUUAGGAGGAUGCAGGAACAACUGGGUUCCACCUCCGUUGCAGCAUACCAUAAAAUAAUAAAGGUGUUGUCUAAAUCUCAAAAAUUUGACCUUGCAGAUUCUAUCAUGUCCGAAUUCAUAAACAGUGGUAUGAAACAGCUGAUCCCAUCAUUCAUUGAUUUGAUGGGGAUGUACUCCGUAGCAGGUUUACAUGAGAAACUGGAAUCUACCUUUCUCCGGUGCCGUGAAGUCUGCCAUCCGAAUCUGACAGUAUUUAACAUUUAUAUGGAUUCAUUGGUGGAUACUGGCAAUCUGAACCUGGCUGAAGAAAUCUUCAAUGAAAUGCGUCGUAAUGUGGCUAUUGGUGUUAAUUCUCGUUCUUGCAACAGUAUUUUGAGAGGCUAUAUGACCUCUGGAGAGUAUGUGAAGGCAGAAAAGAUAUACAAUUGGAUGUGCCAAAAGAAAUACGACAUUGAGAUUGAAUCUUCGUUGAUGGAAAGACUUGAUUAUGUUCUCAGCUUGCGAGAGAAAGUAGUUGAAGAACCUAUUAGGCUGAAGCUCAAACCAGAACAACGAGAGGUUUUGACGGGGUUGCUUCUUGGAGGUGUGCAAAUUAAAUCAGAUGGACAGAGGAGAUUGCAUGCAAUCCAUUUUGAGUUUAAUGAAGAGUCGAGGAUCCAUUCCAUUUUUAAGAGACACAUACAUGAUGAAUUUCACGAGUGGUUAGGCUCUCAUGAUAUGAUGGUGGAUAGCACUGCUGACAUUCCUAGUUCUUUUACUACCAUUUCACAUUCUUGUUUUACUUUCUAUGCUGAUCAGUUCUGGCCAAAUGGACGUCCUUGUAUACCAAAACUUAUACAUAGAUGGUUGUCACCUCGUGUUCUUGCUUAUUGGUAUAUGUAUGGUGGUUACCGGACAUCAUCUGGUGAUAUUCUAUUGAGAGUAAAGGGAAGUUCAGAGGGUGUUGUGAGUAUUCUUAAAGCACUGAAAGCCAAAUCAUUAGACUGCCGAGUAAAAAAGAGGGGGAGGGCCUUUUGGAUAGGUUUUCUAGGGGACAAUGCCACAUUCUUCUGGAAGGUGGUGGAGCCCUUUAUUCUUAAUGAAUUAAAGGAACUCCUUAAAGCAGGUGGCGACUCAGAUGGAUCCCUAGAAAUCCAAUGUAUCAAUUUUGACAGUGGGUUGGAGUCUAACGAGAAGAAUUCAGUAUAUAGCGAAGCUGACACCUUGUCUGAUUAAUGUAUUGGACUCAGAUGUAUUGGCCUGUUAUUGCUGCAAAAGUUUGUAGCUAAUAAGGUGGUGGAGCAUCUUCUUCUUAUAGACAGCAGGACAGUGGUUCAUUCACAGCUCCUGUUACAAGAUGCUACUCACAGGUACUAAUCAGCUUACUUUUGGCCCAUGGAAGAGGAUAUGGAAAAGUAAGGCAUCGAUAAAAGUCACGUGUUUUGUGUGGUUUGGUCAUCAAAGAAGCAUGUUUGACUUGAGACAAUCUACAAAGAAGACGGAUACAGCUAGUCUGCUACAUGUGCUGAAUAGAGGCUGACCAUAUUUUCCUACAUUGCUCUAUAUCUACACAGAUUUAGCAGAUGUUCCUUUAUUUGUUGGGAUUGAAGUGGGCUAUGCCAAGAACAGCUUUAUGCAGCUUGGUCUAGUUAUGGCUCGUAAUGGUCAACAAUAUUCCUGUCAUACGCGAUAUUCCUAUUAUUGUUAGAAGCUUUACAUAGCAAGAUAAGGUUGCUCUGCUCUGCUUUCUAGAUAAGGCUUGUUCCAUACUUUACUUAUGAGCUCAUGUAAUGUUCACUGCUUGCUUACAACUUACAAUUGUAGAUAUUAAAAAGCCCAAAUAGUCCCA